AUGUUUAAUCAAAUUAUUGAUAAAGUAUGGAACUCCGUUGAUACGACACUAUCGGGUGCCGAUUAUAACAUUGCCACGACGCCUACUGGCGGUGGUAGAUCUCAGAAAGGUGAAAUCGCGUUUGCAUUGUCGAUCAUUCUAUUCCAAGCUGUGUGUUUAGUCUUUUUUGCACUCAAGUUUAACAUGCCGAACCCCAAGAACAACAAUGACGGCAAUACUAGCACUCUGAGCUACUAUUCCAUGUAUAUGGACGUCCACGUCAUGAUUUACAUUGGUUUUGGUUUCUUGAUGACCUUCCUACGCAAAUAUAGUAUGAGUGCAGUUUCACUCAACUUUCUCAUUGCUGUACUAUCCCUUGAAUGGGGCAUCAUCAUGGUCACAAUGGCUCACCAAAUUUUUGAAAACAAUUACUCGACUAAAAUCCUCGACAUUCCCACCAUGAUCAAUGGUGACUUUGCAGCUGCUGCUGUGCUCAUCAGCUUUGGAGCUGUCCUGGGUAAAACAACACCCACUCAGCUUGUGUGGAUGACAUUUUUCGAAAUCAUUUUCUACGCCAUUAACGAGUACAUUGUUCUGGAGAAACUAAAGGUGACCGAUGCCGGUGGAUCCAUGGUCAUUCAUACUUUUGGUGCCUUUUUUGGACUAGCAGUGACCAUUGUACUUGGCGUUCCAUCUACCUAUGAGCAAGUGCACAACACAUCUCAAUACCAUUCAGAUGUGUUUGCAAUGAUUGGUACACUCUUUCUGUGGAUAUACUGGCCAUCGUUCAACUCGGCACUUGUGAAUGAUGACGGUUUUCAGAAAGAGCGCGCUAUCAUGACCACUGUAUUGAGCAUUGCAGCGUCCUGCGCAUCGGCCUUUGCCACAACAAAGGUGAUAAACAGCUCGAAGAAAUUCAAUAUGGUGCAUCUGCAAAAUGCCACUCUGGCAGGUGGUGUUGCAAUGGGUACAAGCUGCAACCUCGCAAUCAGCCCAGCUGUAGCCAUUAUCGUGGGAAUCGUGGUUGGUAUGAUCUCUGUGAUGGGUUACGUUUUCCUAACUCCAUCUUUAGAACACAUCUUGCGAAUGUCCGAUACGUGUGGCAUUUUCAAUUUGCAUGCAAUGCCAGGUCUCGUGGGUGGAUUUGCAGGUGCUUUGACCACUUUUUUCAGCUCUGACAAUUACUAUGGAGAUAGUUUAACUUCCAUCUAUGAAGCUCGUGCCUACCGUUCUGCUUCCGAGCAAGGUUGGUACCAGCUUCUCGCAAUCGUGUCUUCAAUGGGAAUUAGCUCUCUUUCUGGCCUCGUUGUUGGAAUGUUUCUAAAAUCUACAUGGUUCCGCCAACAGAAACUCAAGUACGACGACAAGGAGUGGUUUCACAUGCCUGAAGCUUGUGAAAUCUGA